AUGAAAAGUAAUGAAACAAGAAUCAGUGAGUUCAUACUUCUUGGCUUCACAGACACUCGUAAACUGCAGCUCCUGCUCUUUGCAAUCCUUUUCUUUUCCUACUUUCUGACAAUUACGGGAAAUGCUGUGAUUAUCAUUCUGGCUAAUAUAGACCACCGGCUCCACACCCCAAUGUAUUUCUUCCUCUGGAAUUUCUCCAUCUUGGAAAUUGGUUUCUCCACCGUUGUCAUCCCUCAAACCCUGUCACAUUUACUGAUGGGCAAUAAAAAUAUUUCCUAUGUUGGUUGCAUGAUACAAUCUUUCUUGUACUUCUAUCUGGGCACUACAGAGUUUUUCCUCUUAACUGUCAUGUCCUAUGAUCGAUACCUAGCCAUCUGUAACCCCCUACGCUACCCAUCCAUCAUGAGCAAGAGUUUGUGCACAUCCCUUACAUUUUGUUGCUGGAUUGCAAGCUUUUUCCUCAUCAUUGGUCCAUCUAUGGUCUUCCUACAGUUUCCAAUGUGUGACUCAAAUAUCCUGGACCAUUUCUUUUGUGACAACACUCCUCUGAACCACCUUGUGUGUGGGGACACCAGACGUCAUGAACUUUUGGGGCUUAUCCUUGCUUCAGUUUCAUUGCUGGGGACUUUGACCAUUUCAGUGGUGUUCUAUAUCAACAUUAUUAAAACUAUCCUGAGAAUCCCAUCCACUACAGGAAGAAAGAAAGCAUUUUCCACUUGUGCCUCUCACUUCAUUGUUGUCUCCAUCAGCUAUGGGAGCUGCAUCUUCCUUUAUAUCAGCCCAGCCCAGGAUAGAAAACUGAAGUUUGCCAAAAUGGUGGCUAUUCUGAACACAAUUGUUUCCCCUCUACUCAAUCCUUUCAUUUACAGCUUGAGAAACAAACAAGUUCAGGAAGCCUUGAAAGAUCACAUUUCAUUCAUCCUCCAUCUAGACCCUAAUGGGCUCCAGGCCCUUGGACAGCCCCGCAACAGCAUCACCAGAGAAGUCUAG